CUGUUUAUUUUGAAAAAGUAAUUUUGAACGUGGUUACAAAACCUUCCGAGGUAAGUUCUCUGCGGUCAGGAUAUUGACCGCAAGGUGUGUAACCAUUUAAAUGGCGUCAGUAUUUCAAAAAAAAGAACGUGAAAGGAUGCGGUUUCGCUGUCGUCCAACUGGAUGAAUAGGAAACAGAUGUUUAUACAUCUUUUGUACACAUGUUGUGGUGCAAACAAAAGGUUCGUGUGUGAAUGGAGGUUGUUGAGAACACGCUUCUGUUUGGACUUAUUUGUCACACCGUGUUUGUAAUAUCUUUAUAAAAAAGCCUCGAUUGGGCUAAACCACCAUAGUACGCUUCGAAGCUCACAAAGAAAAAGAUGUUGUUUUCUCCGUUUCUGUUAGUUGCCCUUUUCUCGUUGUUGGGCACGGCGUCUGCAGCCUGCACGUUCGAUUUGGACGCAUCCUCUCCUGCUAAUCCACCCCAUUUUGUUGAUGCUUUCGGGAAAAUCAUCCAGCCAACUCUUCAGAAUGGGGUCCGAAUAAUCACGUUAGAUCCUAAUCAGCAAAUCACGGUGGCUUGUGAAGGCACCAGCAACGUUUUGACUGCCACCAGCGUGCAGUUCAACUCGGCCACUUGCUCUUCUGCGGGAUCAACCCUCCAGGUCGGCACGCAGAAUUUGGGUUACAGUUCUUUAGGUUGCAAAACGGCCGUUAAGGAGACCAUUAAAGAGACAGGAACUUGCAUGACCAGCGGAACGCAAAUUGAGAUCGGUUGGCAAGUCAGUACCAAGUUCAUCAAUCAGAUUACCAUCUGCCACGUCAAGUCCAUCGCCAACACUCUGUAUUCGAUCAACACCAUCUCCGGAGCCAAUAUCGCUGCCGAUGACAAGGCAAACUUGCGCCCGUCAUUCCGCAAAGGAAAUUAUUUCGUCGGCAUAAACCCGGACACUGGCUACAGCCAAGCCGGCCAAAACGUCAGUGUGGCCAAUAUCGUUGGUUCCUACGAUUUGGCUAUCAAGUACAUUGAUGUCGGUAAGAGUUACUACUUCGCCCGUGGUCACUUGUCGCCGGACGGUGACUUUAUCGACGCCGGCAGUCAGGACGCCACUUAUUACUACAUCAACGCUGCCCCGCAAUGGCAAUCCUUCAACAACGGCAACUGGAAAUCGCUGGAAUUUGGGGUUCGUGAUCUGGCCAUCAGCCGAGCCCGUGACUUGGUGAUUUACACUGGCACUUACGACAUCCUGACGCUGGCCGAUAUCAACGGCGUCCAAAAGCCAAUUUAUUUGGCCAAAGAUGCUAAUAACAACAACGUCCUUCCGGCUCCUAAGUAUUACUGGAAAGUGGUCCACGAUCCGGUCACCAACACUGCCACUGCUGUAAUCGGCAUCAACAAUCCGCAUUUGACGACGGUCACCGGAGCUGAUGUUUUCUGCGCCGAUGUUUGUAAUCAGCUUACCUGGAUGACUUGGCCCAACCGGUUCGAGAUCACUCGUGGCUACAUGUUCUGCUGCUCGGUUCAAUCGCUCCGUAACGUUGUCGCUCAUGCACCCAAUCUUGGCGACUUAAGCUUAUUGGUUUAGAGACAUUUCUCGCUGAUUUGAUAAGACAGUGCAAAUUUAGAAAAACUAUGAUAUCCUGCCAGUUGGCAUAACCUUUGAAAUCAAGUUUUUGCUUUUUACUUGUAAUGGUUAUUUUGGUUUUGAUUGGUAAAUAAUAAGAUUGACUUGCAACGUG